AUGGAUUUUAUGUCUGGUUUACCUAGGACACCGAGUAACUGUGAUGUUGUUUGGGUUAUUGUUAAUGGAUUGACGAAAUCUUCUCACUUUAUUCCGAUGAGAAUGGAUUAUUCGAUGGAGAGGCUUGCAAAGCUGUAUGUUGAGAGGAUUGUUUGUUUGCAUGGUAUUCCUUCUAGCAUUGUGUCUGAUAGAUAUCUGAGCUUUACUUCAAGAUUUUGGGAAGGUUUGCAAAGUGAUUUGGGUACUAAUUUGCGUUUGAGUUCAUCUUAUCAUCCGCAAACAGAUGUUUCCAUUCGAGUAUUAGAAUGGAACUGUUUGAAGCUUUGUAUGGUAGAAGGUGCAGGACGCCUUUGUGAGAAGGUGAAGGCUUAUCAGAGUCGUCAGAAGAGUUAUCAUGACAAGAGGAGGAAAGUGCUUGAGUUUGAGGUAGGAGAUCAUGUGUUUCUUAGAGUUACUCCAGUAACAAUUGUUGGUCGAGCGUUGAAGUCGCUUAAGUUGACGUCGAGAUUUAUUGGUCCUUAUAAGAUUUUGAAGAGAGUAGGUGAAGUGUCUUAUCAUAUUGCUAUGUCAUUGUCGCUUGUUAAUCUUCAUGAUGUGUUCCAUGUGCCUCAGUUGAGGAGGUACAUUGUGGAUCCUUCGCAUGUAGUCCAAGUAGAUGAUGUGCAAGUAAGGGAUAAUCUUACUAUGGAGAAAUUACCUAUGAGGAUAGAGGAUCAAGAGUUAGAGCAACUUAGUGGUAAAGAUAUUGGUUUGAUGAAGAUCAUUUGGGAAGGACCAGCAAGUGGGAAAGUGACUUGGGAACUCGAGAGUAAGAUGAGGGAGUUGUAUCUUGAGUUGUUCGUUUGA